GGCAAGUGGUCCCACAGCCACCAGCAGACAAAGUGUGAUGUAGAACAGUUUCCAGAGUGAAAUCUCAAGUGAUAUACAAGAUAUUGUACCAAACUGGUCAAAAGUGAUACAAAGUCACCCCGGUUUACGGUAUUCGGUACGUACCUGCCUAUCUCAUCUAGGAAGGCCAUGUCGCUGUUCACCAAUCUGGUGACGGACUUUCUGCGGGACGUGCUGGGCGCCAACAACGACCCCAACUCCGUGUACGAGGUGAAGGCGGACGCGCACCACCGAUGGCCUGUUAGCCGGCGCGAGGAGUGCCUCUGCCUCUACGGGCCCGAGAAGCUCUCCGAUGGCCACUCGGUGUACGACCUGGUGCUGCAGCGGCCGCUGGCCGACACCGUCCACAAGGAGUUUGUCCUGUGGCGCACCGGCUCGCACCAGCAGGCCGUGGCGCUCCUGGAGCGGCUGGCGCGCUUUGUGCCGCUGCUGGUGCGCCUCUGGCCGCGCGAGACGCUGGCGCGCGACACGCUACAGCGCGUGUGUGACGCGGCGCGUCAGCACGCCGGCUGGCACGGCGCGCACGUGUGCGCCUGGCUGCAGUGGGCCGAGCCGCUGGCGCACGCCGAGCUGUCGGCGCUGGUGUCGGAGCCGGAUCCGGAGACGGGCGUCACGGUGCUGCACCUGGCCGCCGCCGGCGGGCAGCUCAAGUUCGUGCAGCGGCUGAUGGCGCGCGAGCCGCCGCCGGCUGUGGACGUCACAGACGCCGACGGCAACUCGCCGCUGCACAUGGCCGCGCGCGGGCCGCGAGACGUGCUCGCCCUCCUGCUGGAGUCGGCGACGCCAGAGGCGGUCAACGCGCGCAACAAGAAGAACCUGACGCCGCUGCACAUCGCCUGCAUGGAGGACAAGCCAGAUAACGUGAAGACGCUGCUGAAGGCUGGGGCAGACGUCAAUGUGGCCGGGAGUGCCGAGGAGCUACCCAUCCACACGGCCAUGUCUCUGUCGAGCUCUCUGUGCGCCAAGGAGAUCAUCGAGACGUACCCUAACCAGCUGAACGCCAAGGACAUGAAACAGGGCGGCACGCCGCUGCACUGGGCCAAGGGCGCCGACGUCAUGGUCGCCCUGCUCGAGCUCGGCUGCAACGUGAACGCGCAAAACUUCCACGGCGACACGGCGCUGCACGUGAUGACGCGGAACAAGCUGCUGGACAACGUGGUGCUGCUGCUGUCUCACGGCGCCGAGGUGGACCCGGUGGACCGGGACGGCAACACGCCGCUCCACCUGGCCGUGGCGCAAGCUGACGUCCACCUGACGCGCGCGCUCAUCGUGUUCGGCGCCGACCUGAGCGCCACCAACACUGCCGGCGAGACGCCGCGACACCGCGCCGCCACGCUGCGCAAAAACGCCGACCUGCUGGUGUACACGCUGCACGCGGUGGGCGCGCCGCGCUGCGUCAGCGCCAUGCGUGGCUGCCGCGAGGGCUGCAUCUCGGGCGGCGAGGGUAUCGGCGUGCCGCCGUUCGGGCCGGCCAAGCAGCGCGCCCGCCACCACCUGGACGAGGUGCUGGCGGCCAACACACUGAGCCGCUCGGCGGCCGAGCUGCGCCGCCAGCCUCCCGAGAGGCCGUGCCGCGUGCUCUGUCUGGACGGCGGCGGCAUCCGCGGCAUCCUGCUCGUGCAGGCGCUGCACGAGAUCCAGCGGCUGGCCGGCAAACCAGUCAUCGAGUGUUUCGACUGGAUCGGCGGCACCAGCGUCGGCGGCAUCCUGGCGAUGGCGCUGGCCAUCGGCAAGUCGCUGCAGGAGUGUCACCAGCUCUUCUUCCGGCUCAAAGACAAAGUGUUUGUCGGCUCCCGGCCGUACAGCAAUGAGAAGCUGGAGAGCUUCCUGAAGGCCGAGUUCGGCGAGAGCACCACCAUGGGCGACAUCAAGAAGCCGCGGGUGAUCGUGACGGGCGUGCUGGGCGACCGGCACCCGGCCGACCUGCACCUCUUCAGAAACUACGACGACACCGCGUCCAUGAUGAACGUCGUCGAGGCGAGCACGUUCACGCCGCCGCCGCCGCCCUCCGAGCAGCUGCUCUGGAGGGCCGCCCGCUCCUCAGGCGCAGCACCCACCUUCUUCCGCGCGUCGGGCCGCUUCGUGGACGGCGGUCUGAUCGCCAACAACCCGACCCUGGACGUGCUGACGGAGAUCUUCGAGCACAACCUGGCGCUGAGCACGGUGGGCCGCGCCGCCGAGGUCGCCGCGCCCACCGCCGUGCUCUCCGUGGGCUGUGGACGGCCGCCCGUUGUCGAGGUGAGCAGCGUGGACUGCUACACGCCGGACAGCAUCUGGGACCUGACCAAGGUGUCCUCGGGCGUGCAGGCGCUCUUCCAGAUGGUGGUGGAACAGGCGACCUCUGUGGAGAACCGGGUGGUGGACCGGGCGCGCGCCUGGUGCGGCUCCCUCUCGAUCCCGUACCUGCGCUGCAGCCCGCAGCUGACGCUCGACCUGCCGCUCGACGAGACGCGCAACGAGCAGCUGCUGCAGAUCCUCUGGGAGAGCCGCGUCUACCUGGAGACCAAGCGCGACACGCUGCGAGAGUUCGUCAAACUGCUCCAGUAGGCCGGCCGGCCGGUCGCACUGCCGCCUGGCGGUCGGGACACGUGCUGCCGCCUGGCGGCCGGGGCGCGCACUGCCGCCUGGCGGUCGGGACACGCACUACCGCCUGGCGGUCGGGGCACGCACUGCUGCCUGUCGGUCGGGACACGUGCUGACUCGGCAGGUGGUGAGCGCCCUGUUCCGAGACUAUAGAAUUACUGUCCGGAGGUAAUGGCCAAAUCAAGUGGGAUCCUUUCAAUGGCUGUGCGAGCUGCAGCUUUUCAAUGCACUGCUUCCCGAUGCAC